AUGGCACCCACACCAAAUACCUCCAACAUCCCCGACGCACCACCAGCCCUCUCCUCAAACACACCCUCCCGCAGCGACGGCUUCAGUCCCGGCGCCAUCAUCGGCAUCGUCAUAGCCAUCGUCUUCCUCAUCCUAACCGUCCCCCUCAUCGCCGUCUGCCUGCGCCGCUACGAAAAGUCGCGUCUCCGCGAAACACCUAAGAGCCCUAGUAGCAGCACCGCCAGCCUGCGCAGCGUACAGGAAGACCACAGUUUGAAAAGCAUUCUGGUUACCAAGGAGUUGUCGCGGUCGAGUGUAAGGAUGGAGCGGGCGGAUGAGAGGGUACGGAGGCCCGAGGAGAUGUAUGGCGGUGGGAGGGAGAGGGAGAGGGCGUGGAGUUGUACUGAGGUGCAUGGUGGGGAGAAGUAG